UACAGCAAAACAUCACAGAGGAACAAACAGAUUGCAAUGGGAAGGAAAAAAUUCAACAUGGAUCCCAAGAAGGGAAUUCAGUUUCUCCUGGAAAACGACCUUCUAGAGAACACUCCGGAAGACAUCGCACAGUUCCUUUACAAGGGGGAGGGUUUAAACAAAACCGUCAUCGGGGAUUACUUAGGAGAGCGGGAUGAAUUCAACAUUAAGGUUCUCCAGGCCUUUGUUGAGCUACACGAAUUUGCAGAUCUGAACCUUGUGCAAGCUUUAAGGCAGUUCCUGUGGAGCUUCAGGCUCCCAGGCGAGGCCCAGAAGAUCGACCGCAUGAUGGAGGCCUUUGCUUCUCGUUACUGCCAAUGCAACCCAGGGGUCUUCCAGUCCACAGACACGUGCUACGUCCUGUCCUUCGCCAUCAUCAUGCUCAACACCAGCCUGCACAACCCCAAUGUGAGGGACAAGCCUGCGGUGGAGCGCUUCAUCUCCAUGAACCGCGGGAUCAACGAAGGAGGGGACCUGCCCGAAGAGCUGCUGAGGAAUUUGUAUGAAAGCAUCAAAAACGAACCUUUUAAAAUCCCGGAAGAUGAUGGAAAUGACCUGACACACACAUUCUUCAACCCAGACAGAGAAGGGUGGCUGUUAAAACUUGGUGGAAGAGUGAAGACCUGGAAACGAAGGUGGUUUAUAUUGACUGACAACUGCCUAUAUUAUUUUGAGUACACAACGGACAAGGAGCCUCGCGGGAUCAUUCCGCUGGAAAACCUCAGCAUUAGAGAGGUUGAAGAGCCCAGGAAGCCUAACUGCUUUGAGCUCUUUAACCCUAAUCAUAAGGGCCAGGUGAUCAAGGCCUGCAAGACCGAGGCGGAUGGUAGGGUGGUUGAGGGGAACCAUGUGGUGUACAGGAUAUCGGCUCCCACACCAGAGGAGAAGGAGGAAUGGAUCAAGUCCAUCAAGGCCAGCAUCAGCAGAGAUCCUUUCUACGACAUGCUGGCCACCAGAAAACGAAGGAUUGCUAACAAAAAGUGAGCCGCACAGACGGCAAGGAGGACGGGCUCAAUUCCCAAGUGGUCUUCCAGACAUUCAGUACACCAGGGACGCUGGCCCAAGUGCAGAACAAGAGCAGGCAUGACAUCAGUCCAGAAUGACAGCUGAACAAGAGAAUGUGAAGCCAGCCCCAUAGCUGUGGUAUUUAACUACACCCCUACUCCCCCAGUGUGAUUAUUAUUUUAGCAUCUUUAGCUGCAAUUUUUAACUACCUAUGCAUGUUCAUAGAUCCAGUGUGAUCUCAAAACAUAGCUAUAUAAUCAAAACAGAAUUUUUAUGAGUAUAAUUUUUAUGAAAAAAUGGGAAAUUUGUAACUUAAAGAAAUUUUUUAUUAAAUGUGUCCCCUAAAUUGUGCAUCCUGAGGGUGAGGUAUUUCAAGCAGAAAGGAAAAGAACUCAUAGCUCAACCUCCACUACAUUCAUCGACAGUUUCAAAUGGUCACCUCCUGAAAUCAGCAUGUCGAUCACCUCGCUUCUUUAAUACCUGUGGCAUUAGAGUGUCUUAAGAAAAAUCACUUAAGACAUGGAAAACCCAGGGCUGAAUACCCGGAAGCGUUACAAUUUUGCAUAACAGAAUAAUGAACAUACAGAAAAAGAAAGAAAGAAAUGGGCCAGAACUGGGUUAUAUACCCUGCAGGUGUUAUUUUGCUGUGCUGUUACACUCAUCGGCAUUUAAGAAGAUAUUAGAAAGAAUGUUCAUAACAUUCCACAUCAGUCUAAAUAAAGGGCUGAUUUUUUAAAACAUUGUUAAAAAAACAUCUUUUGUUCUGAAGUACCAGUCAAAUAAAGCUUUUUAGUAUCCUUAUGUAUAGGAGGUAACAUAAGUACCUGCUAGUUUAACAAAUAUUACAAUGGAAUCUAUUUUAUUAUUGUUUUAUUUUCCAAUAUUACAUUGUAUUGUGGAGAAACAAUGUUUGUGACCAGUUUGUGAUUGAACAUCCAAUAUCAGUUUGCUUUUGUAUUUAUUUUCUUUACUCAAUUGCAAGUUCCAUUUGUGACUGUUGGAAGGCAUAUUCUUAAGUUAUGUGUAAAUAAUGUACAUUCUGUAUUUUGGUGUGAAUUUUAUUGCAUGUAAAACCUUACGGCUGUAGCUUUCAGCAGUUUAGAUGUCAGUGGUCAGCUGACAAGGUAUCAUUUGGAGUGAGCCAGUAUGGUAUGGGGAUAGGAAUGGAUUCUGAAGAGAAUGGUGACUGAUGAGGCUGAAGCCAGCAGUGUUUUACAUGGGAAUGAAAAUAAAAACCCUGACCUAGGGUAAAAUCA